CGUCGGACCAUUUUCACAAAAUCCGCCAGUUCUAUCAUGCUUGUAACAAAGACUUUUCAUGAUAUCCAAACUCAACUUGACUCUGGAGGAAGAGCUUUGAGAAUUUUUGUAAUCUCCCCUUCUAUUCCUAAAUACCCUCAAGCCAAAUUUCCUGGUGUCGUUGUCUUCAGUGAGAUCUAUCAAGUCACCGGUCCUGUUGAACGUUUCGCGAGUCAAAUCGCGAGUCAAGGAUUCGUGGUCGCUUGUCCUUCGAUUUACCAUGAAUUCGAAGGUCCGGAGGCGAUCCCCUACGAUGUAGAAGGAACCGACAGAGGUAACAAAUACAAGAUCGAGAAAACGGUCGCUGCAUUUGAUGAGGACGCAAAACUGAGCAUCGACCUUUUAUCCACACUACCAAACUGCAACGGACGUAUCGGAGCUACUGGUAUGUGCCUCGGAGGGCACUUGGCAUUCAGGGCAGCAUUCGAUCAACGAGUUCUCGCUUCGGUGUGUUUCUUUGCCACGGAUGUUCACUCUGCGACUUUGGGUAAAGGCAAAAGCGAUGAUACUCUAAUAAGAGUACGGAAUGGGGGUCUCACAGGGAAGGGCGAGUUGGUGAUGAUAUUCGGAAAGCAGGACACACACGUUCCUCGUGCGGGGCGUGAUCUUAUCCGUACCACAUUGGACGACGCGAAUGUCACUGUUUCGUUCCUCGAAGUUCAAGCCCAACAUGCGUUCAUCCGCGACGAGAGCUCCAAAGGACGUUGGGAUGCUGCACUCACUAGGUCAUUGUUCUCGUUCAUGAUGGAAGUAUUUGAUAGGACCAUCGGCGUCGAUCUUGGACCGCUGGUAGAUGACACGAAGCCACUUGAGCACGUAUGUUAAAUUGUCUGAACGACUUGGAAUGAAAGAGGAAGACUUUCCAGUGUGCAUAGCAAUUCCACAUCAUAUAUCCAGCCCCCAAAUAUUACAUAGUUAUGGAGUAGACCAAGGAUCGUCCCAGAUUGGCAUUCGGUACACUCAGAUGAGACUACUGCAACUAUACUUGUUCGUGUUCACUUCAGCGUGCGAACAGACUCCUGAGGCCUGAGAAUCCAGGCUAAAAGUUAUGAAAAAUGCCCA